CAGCGUGCGCGCACACGCGAACCUAUCUUGUCAAUUCAUUGUAACCUUCCGAGUCUUCAGCGAGCGCCUGAAACUUAUUGGCAGACACUGAGAGUGUUUCUUAAGCCUGUGUGUCUGUUCAUUUUAGAGUUGGUCAGUGACUAAUGUUCCUGAAAGCGGGGGAGGAAAAAGAAGCAGACGGAGACGCGGGUCGGAAGGCGUAAAAUCCAUGUUCCUGCACGGAGAGACUUGUUGCAUGUGGUGACAGCAGUGAUACAGCAAGUUCCAUGCCGGAGGGGCUGGGCUCACCUUAAGUCCUGCUACUGCUUUAACUCCUGCUGCUCCUGCGUAUGUUUGAGGUCUAUGGAAAUGCAGGAUCUAGCCAGUCCUCACAGCCGAGUUAGUGGAAGCAGUGAAUCUCCUAAUGGUCCCAACCUCGACAACUCACACAUCAAUAACAAUUCCAUGACACCCAAUGGCACUGAAGGUGAUAGCAUCACAAUGCUUACCACUGCAGACUGGUUGUUAGGUUCUAACUCACAGUCCUCUGCAGUUAAAACCGAGCCAAUGAGUAGCAGCGAAAUCGCCACCUCAGUAGCAGACACCUCUCUAGACAGCUUCUCAGGAUCAGCUAUUGGAACCAGUGGCUUCAGCCCAAGACAAACUCACCAGUUCUCUCCGCAGAUUUACCCUUCCAACAGAACAUAUCCGCAUAUUCUUCCUACCCCUUCAUCCCAAAAUAUGGCUGCGUACGGGCAGACGCAGUACACCACAGGAAUGCAGCAGGCCGCAGCUUAUGCUAGCUACCCCCAGCCUGGCCAGCCCUAUGGCAUCCCGGCCUAUGGCAUAAAGACGGAGGGGGGUCUGAGUCAGUCCCAAUCCCCGGGACAGACGGGCUUCCUCAGCUACAGCUCCGGCUUCACCACGCCGCAGACGGGACAGGCCCCUUACAGCUACCAGAUGCAGGGAAGUACUUUCACAACAACGUCAGGAUUAUACCCAGGAAACAACUCCCUGACAAACUCCACCGGCUUCAACAGCACACAACAGGAAUACCCCAGUUACCCAGCCUUCGGCCAGGGGCAGUACGCUCAGUAUUACAACAGCUCACCCUACACUUCACCCUACAUGACAAGUAACAACACCAGCCCCAGUACGCCCUCCACCACCACCACCUACACCCUCCAGGAGCCACCCGUUGCCAUCACCAGCCAGGCGCUCACAGAGAACCCGGCAGCUGAGUACAGUACCAUCCACAGUCCAUCAACCCCCAUUAAAGAUUCAGAUUCGGAUCGAUUGCGCCGGGCCUCGGAUGGAAAGUCACGUGGCCGGGGAAGAAGGAACAACAACCCAUCACCGCCGCCUGACUCCGACCUUGAGCGAGUUUUCAUCUGGGACCUGGAUGAAACAAUCAUCAUUUUCCAUUCCUUGCUUACCGGUUCCUAUGCCAACAGAUAUGGACGGGAUCCGCCGACCUCUGUAUCACUCGGCCUCAGGAUGGAGGAGAUGAUCUUCAACUUGGCCGACACACACUUAUUCUUCAACGACUUAGAGGAAUGUGACCAGGUACACAUCGAUGACGUGUCCUCUGAUGACAACGGCCAGGAUCUGAGUACGUAUAACUUUGGCGCUGACGGUUUCCAUGCAGCGGCAACCAGUGCCAAUCUGUGUCUGGCCACAGGCGUGCGGGGUGGCGUGGACUGGAUGAGAAAACUGGCCUUCCGCUACAGACGAGUAAAAGAAAUCUACACCACCUACAAAAAUAACGUCGGAGGUCUGCUGGGCCCGGCCAAAAGGGAAGCCUGGUUGCAAUUGCGAGCAGAAAUUGAAGCCUUGACGGACUCCUGGUUAACACUGGCACUGAAAGCACUAACAUUAAUCCACUCAAGGUCAAACUGUGUGAAUAUCCUGGUGACCACCACGCAGCUCAUCCCUGCCUUGGCUAAGGUGCUGCUCUAUGGCCUGGGAAUCGUCUUUCCUAUCGAGAAUAUUUAUAGUGCAACCAAAAUAGGGAAGGAGAGCUGCUUCGAGAGAGUAAUUCAAAGGUUCGGGAGGAAAGUUGUUUACAUUGUUGUCGGAGACGGUGUGGAAGAGGAGCAAGGCUCAAAAAAGCACAACAUGCCCUACUGGAGGAUCUCCAGCCAUUCAGACCUCAUGGCCCUCCACCAUGCUCUGGACCUGGAGUACUUGUAGCACUACACCACCUCUGUACGCCCGGCUCCGCCUCAGCAACACCCUGCAACCUUUCACCUUCGCCCUCCAGCUCCAUCCCAUGCUUACUGCAGACCCUGCAGAACCCACCUCCACCCCUCCUCUGUGCUGCCUGGCGUCCGUCUUCCACUCCGCAGGAAGAGUAGAAGAAGAGGAGGACGGGGAGUUAAAAAACGAGGCUGAGCACACGGUUAAUGUGCUGACAUACGGUCACACUUUGUCUUAACCUAAAACUUUUUUUUUUUUUUUUGAAUCUGGAAGCAAAGGAGAGAGGUGAAUUUACGGCGCUGCAGCUGCUUGCCCUGGUUACUGUGAAUCGGCCGCUUUCUGAAGCUGUCAAAGUGUUUUACGGCCCCACGUUUGAGCCGGGACUCUGUCAGGGUUCACACCUGUGAGGGGAGCAGAGCUACUGACGGCCUCGCCACAGAAAAACACAGGAGCACGACUACUGGUGGUGACACUUCUCUGUCCCUCUAGCUCCCUCCUUCUCCCCUUUACCUGUUCCUUAUCUGUCUGCCUACUUCUGACUUCUCUGUCAUGUGACAGACAGACAGACAGACAAAGCGACUGCUCCUCUGUCGACCCGGGAGUCCUGUGCUUCUUAUUUAUGAAUGGAGACUUUGUGGGUGGCACUGUUCCACCAAGAAGGUACCUCGAUGAUAAAAAGACUUGUGCCUUUGACAAAGUACAACCACAGCGAGAGGAAGACAUUUGUGGGAAAACAAAAAGAAAAAAGGGGGUUUUCUAAUAAUUUAAGACAAACUAAAAACUUUAUUUACAAUGCUGAGACAAUCGUGUAUAGAGGAAAUCUUUUUUUUGUGUGUGUAAGUUUGUAAUCACUGGACUAUUCCUUCCUAUAUUCAUUUAGGUACGUGCUCUUGAAAGGUGGCAACGCUUUUUCAUGGAAAUAAAAAAAAAAACAAUAAAAGGAUCCCAUCGCACAGGAGCAUGUGUGAUGCCUCAAAGUGUUGAUGUGUUGGAGUUUUGUUCAGUAAAAAAAUAUGUAGAUAUGGGAUUUUGUGAUAAAUUGUUUUGUCAAGACCAAAAGCAUGGAUGUCAAGUGUCAAUGAGCUCUCCUCUGAUUCUGUGAUGUUUUCUCGUCCUUACAGGAAACUUCAGUCACCACAGGUCUCCUCUACUGCAAGUUUUUAGACUCAGAUUUUAAAGACAUGUUUCAGAAAGGUAGCUCACUACUUGGGUCCUCACAUUUCACCAGCUUGCAGCCCUGACCCCGUAAAUCUGGAAGCAAACUUAAUUCUGAUAAGGGUUUUAGAUGUGGCAAGGAAGUGAGCCAUUUUAACAACAAAUUAAAAUUAAUCUAAUAUUUAAAAAAGCAGGCUUGAAUAGGUUUUAUUAUCUUUUAUACAAGCGCUAUAACAACUCUUGUACAGCCAGCGUAAUUUUGUAUGAUGUAGUGUUUUUAUUUGAACGUUCUGUGUCCCUCUUUGAAAUCGCCGAAACACAUGAAGCUCUUUUUAUAAUGCUUCAGCGUCUGUGGAUGUGGAAACCAUAAUGAACAUUUAGAGUAAAGCCACUAUAGCUUUGAGGGGUUUGUGAACAUACAGGACAUGUGCUAUCGACUGUGAAUUUCUUAAACAGAGACCGAUUCGUCGUGUUUCUAAUUUUCCCUCCUUUGCACAUGAUCACUGUCGGCCUUUACGUUUCAAUUUGGAGUCCUCGUACCUUCCCACACCCACCCACCUCCUCUUCCUCCUCCAUCUUCUCAUACAGCUUCUUCCCCCACACUCGGGAAGGGGUAAUCUACAUGUUGCUGCUAGAUCAAGGUAAUGGUAGGUAAAUAGGGGAAAUGUUUUAUAGAUUCAUACAGCACGCCUUUUUUUAUUAUGUUGCAAUCAUAAAUGCAAACUGGAAAUACUUUACACUACACGGGCCUCAUUGUGAAACGCAAAAGAUUGUUGUGUCUGCAAAAUAUGUGUACAGAUGUUUUUGACAUUAUUAUUUGAUUGUGUUUAAGUUAAUAAAACUGAUUUGUGAACUGUUA